AUGUCCCGCAGGAUGAGCACAUUAACAGUGCCCUGGAGUUUCUGCCUCUUCUUAACUCUUCUUUUGGCUCUGAAGAUUCAAACUGUAAACUCUGCUCCUGAUUUCUCUCAAUAUCUGCACACUAUCCUGAAAAACCACACGGCUCAUGCUUGUGAAGGAGAAACACUCAUCAUUGAGUGUCCCUCCAGGACAUCUGUGUCCGUUCUAUCAGCUUUCUAUGGACGACGUGUUCCCCAUCAGUAUCUCUGUCCCUCUGCAAACUCAAACACAACCGUGGAGGACGAUUCAGAAUGCACCUCACCUGUUGCUAUCGAGAAAGUGGUGUCAGAGUGUCAGGAUCACCAGUCCUGUCACAUCCCAGUGAUCAGUCCGGUGUUUGGGCAGGACCCCUGUCCACUCACCAGCAAGUACCUUCUAGUCGCUUACAAAUGCAGACCAGAGCAUCAUCGCACAAGGCUGGUGUGCGAAAAUGAGCGUCUGAGACUGAUGUGUAAAAAUGAGACUGUCCUCGCCAUCUACUCAGCCACCUUUGGACACCUGCUGCACGGCAGUCCUUACUGUCCUCAGGAGCCAGGAUCACAUGCUGACAUGGAGUGUUUGUCCCCUUCAGCUCUGAGGAAAGUGUCACGCAGGUGUCAUGGCAGAUCCAACUGCUCAGUGCUGGCUGACACCCAAACUUUUGGAGACCCCUGCUUCUCUGGCACUAGGAAACACCUGCGAGUGUCCUUCACUUGUGUGCCUCGGUAUCUUCUGGACGAUGUGGGUCGAGGCGGGUCAACAGAUCCUUUCAUGAUCACGGACUACACACACGGUCUCCCAGAACGUGUUGCUCUGUACUUCGUCUCUGGCAUCUGUGCUGGUCUAGUUUUCCUCCUCUGCCUGUUUGGUGUACGUUCAACACUGGUGAAGGAUGUCAAAGAUCUGGUUACCGAGCUGAACGAGGAGCUGAAAGCGUCUCGUAGACAGAACAAGGAGUAUAUGGAGGACCUCUUCGACGAUGACAUCUCAGACACGUCGUCCUUCCGCCGUCUCACGCAGUCCUACCGCACCGCAGACAUGUUCAGCCCUUCCACUCUGACUGUAGAGAUGGUUGAGUGUCAGGGAGAACAGAACAGAGAUCUGCCCAAUGGAGACAUCUGGCCACAGCAGGACUCCAGCCCUUAUGCCAUUCAUAAAAUUAAAACCUACAAUAACUGAGAGAAGUCACAUGUAUGAGUGAAAGUAAAUCCUUUGUAUGCUUUGAAUUUAAGGUGUGGACUGAAACUGCACUCAGGCAUGUAUUUUAUCUACAACAUAAUUUAAGUUUGCCUCCCUUUCUAACGUUGUUGUUUAUGGCCAAGUGACUAACAGUGGUGAAAGAGGUAUAGGGUUCCUUACCUUGAUAAAAAAAGUACUGUGCAGUAAAGGAACUCCACAUGUAAGAGCCCUUCCCUCAAAACCCUAAAUUGGUAUGUUUUGAGCUUUUGUUAUUAAAAAUAUCAUCCUUCAAAUAUGUAACCCAUUUUGCAUGUAAUGAUGUAGAUUGAUGUAGAAAAGAUGAGCUUUACUAAGAAUGUUUGUUAUCUACAUUGUACAGGCGCAGUAUGAGUAAACUAAUCAUUCCACAAUUGAACACAAGAAAAAAAGAGUACAUGCACUUUUCUUUAAAAUCAUUAUUUAUAUUAACUAAGCGUGAUUUCUUAUUUGAGUUAUUAUGAAAUGUGAUAAUGAUGAAAAGAUAAUAGGAGGGGGGAAAGAUUCAGCUUUACUUAAUUCAAGUAAUGUUCUGCCUAUAUUUGAGUUGGUACUCUUUAGUGUAAAAAUGUGUAAGCUGUAAAGCAAGUCAUUCUGCUUAUU